ACGGGGCGGCCCCGCGCGCGCCGCAGCGGCCCGCAGACGGCGAGGGGGAGGGGUGGCGCGCGCGCCGGCGGGGCCGCGCGGGGAGAAAGACAUUGGAAGGCGGCAGGGCGGGGAGCGGCGCGCGCGGGCCGCGGCGGAGCAGGAGGCUGCAAGGAGAGCCCGCGGGGGCCCGGGGGGUGCGAUUCCUCCGCCCCCGCAACACAAUGUGUGGAGUGCAGCGGGGCGCAACUUGCCGGAGGCGGCGGGGGCGCGCUGAGCCCGCCUGAGACCGCGCCGCUGACCUUCUCCCCCCGCCGUCCGUUGGGCCCGAGCGCCCAGCUCCUCGCUCCCCAGCUCGCGGGGGCCGGGCCGAGCUGCGGGGCGGGGCCGCCCCUCCGUCGCUGCUGCCUCCUCCCCCACCUCCAGCCGCGGAGGAUGCGGACGGCCCCCGGCGGCGUCUAGCGGCCCCGGGCCCAGGCGCGAUGGUGCAGCAGCGGGGCGCGAGGGCCAAGCGGGACGGCGGGCCACCGCCCCCGGGGCCCGGGCCGGCCGAGGAGGGGGCGCGGGAGCCCGGCUGGUGCAAGACCCCGAGCGGCCACAUUAAGAGACCGAUGAACGCAUUCAUGGUGUGGUCGCAGCACGAACGGCGGAAGAUCAUGGACCAGUGGCCCGACAUGCACAACGCCGAGAUCUCCAAGCGCCUGGGCCGCCGCUGGCAGCUGCUGCAGGACUCGGAGAAGAUCCCUUUCGUGCGGGAGGCGGAGCGGCUGCGCCUCAAGCACAUGGCGGAUUACCCGGACUACAAGUACCGGCCGCGCAAAAAGAGCAAGGGGGCGCCCGCCAAGGCGCGGCCCCGGCCGCAGCUGCCUGGCCGCGGGGGCCGCCGAGCGGCAGGAGGGCCUUUGGGGGGCGGCGCGGCGGCGCCCGAGGACGACGACGAGGACGACGACGAGGAGCUGCUGGAAGUGCGCCUGGUUGAGACCCCCGGUCGGGAGCUGUGGAGGAUGGUCCCGGCGGGGCGGGCCGCCCGGGGACCAGCGGAGCGCGCCCAGGGGCCGUCGGGGGAGGGGGCGGCUGUCACCACCGCCUCCCCGACUCCGUCGGAGGACGAAGAGCCAGAGGAAGAGGAGGAGGAGGCGGCGGCGGCGGACGAAGGCGAAGAGGAGACGGUGACAUCGGGGGAGGAGCCGCUGGGCUUUCUGUCCAGAGUGCCCCCCGGCCCUGCCGGCCUGGACUGCAGCGCCCUGGACCGCGACCCGGACCUGCCGCCUCCCUCGGGCACGUCGCACUUCGAGUUCCCGGACUACUGCACCCCCGAGGUUACCGAGAUGAUCGCGGGGGACUGGCGCCCGUCUAGCAUCGCCGACCUGGUUUUCACCUACUGAGCCCACCGUCAGCGGGGCGCGCACGCCCCCAAACCAGCUGUUUACAUACAGGAAUCAGGUAUUGGGGCCCCUCGGAGGCCGAGGCUGGCACCCCAUCUCCCGCGCAGCCUCCCCCCUCCUAGACGUGCCCAUCCCCCUCCAAUCUAGACAUGCCCCUCCCCCGCAGACACACCCCAAGGCAGCCCAACCUCCAUCCCUAGCCUGACAUCCAAGCCCCUCCCCGUCUUGCCCCCUCCCGCACAGCCACCAGCAGCCAGCCCCCCUCCGAUAUACCUCCCGUUCUCUCCUACAGACCUAUACCCCUCCCCCACGUUGCACACGCCCCUCCGCACCCCCCGUGGCCGGAGGACACGCCCCUGCCCUUGCCCCCGAAUCCCUCCGCCUUCGCCUAGCCCGCCUCCUCUGCUGUUUAGGGGGGCGCUGCGGCUGGGCGGCCCCGCGCCCUCCUCCCAUGCCCCUCCCCUCCCCUGGAGGGGGAGGGGCGCGCUCCUCUCGCUCUCGGGGCGCUGGGACCCGCCCCCUGCUCGCGCAUGCCUAAUGCUUCGUGGGAGGAGGGGGCUGUUUCCAGUCGAACCGCACGCCUCUGUCACCCGCUCCGGGAAGAAGGGGGCCGGGUAUAGAGCGAUCCAGAGAAAUCUCUUGAUCCGGGAGCCGCGGCUUCCUUUCAGCCCGACGGGGCGUCGCUGCCUUAAUGGGAGGAGCACUCGGAAUGGGGGGAAAGAGAGUAGCUGGCCCGGAAGGGAUGAUUUGGAGCUUGGAACUCUCCCAAGUGGCGUAGCCCCUUUUCCCUUACGGAGUCGCCCAGCCCCACGUGUAUGCCCCCACACCGGCUGCUUGACUGCCUCUACAGCCUAUCUUGGUCACCAGAAACCUCCCUUUCUUGCCCCUACCUGGGAAUUAGAGGUAGGGUCUUGCUCUGGAAAUCCACCACGAGAGGAAGGGGCUGCCCAAGAAAACUUAGAAGCAAGACUCCUACCAGUCUGUUGGGAGACAAGGUCCCUCUGCUCCCUUCCCUGCCCCCCACCCCCAGGGAAAGUGCCCUCCCACUUCAGGGCACACUCCCAGCCUGGGCUCCUCCCUAAGCCCACCCCGCCUUCUGUCACUCUAGUCCACCCUCAGUGCCCACAGUUCCAGUAUUCAGUGGGAGAAACUGAGGCACGUAGGUAC